ACUCACACAUGGUUUUCAAUUUUCAAUUGGUAUUAUCGCCCAUAUAUAAACACAUUGCAUUGCGCGGUAGUUGUAGUAGACAGUAGUAGGUUAACUUGAUAUCACACUCGCUAACACUUUCACUCUCACACCAACAGAAGCUCCGAAAAACAAGUGCAAAUUCCAUGGAUUCAGAUUUCGGAAUCCCCAGAGAACGCUCUGACCUUCAGAAACAACGUGCUCUUUACCAGCCUCUACUUCCUCCUUGUCUUCAGGGAACUACAGUAAGGGUAGAAUAUGGUGACCGAACCACUGCUAUAGAUUCUGCUGAUGCUCAUGCCAUUAGUCGGUACUUUCCCCACACAUUUGGUCAACCAUUGGCUCAUUUUCUUAGAGCAACUGCUAAUGUCCCAGAUGCCCAUAUCAUAACUGAGCACCCUACUAUCAGGGUGGGAAUUGUCUUUAGUGGACGACAAUCUCCAGGAGGACACAAUGUUAUAUGGGGUCUGUAUAAUGCUCUCAAGAUACACAACCCGCACAAUGUUUUGCUUGGAUUUCUAGGUGGUACUGAAGGAUUAUUUGCACAAAAGACUCUUGAAAUAACUGAUGAUAUUCUGUCCACCUAUAAAAACCAAGGUGGUUAUGAUUUGCUGGGAAGGACCAAAGAUCAAAUAAGAACAAAUGAGCAAGUUAAUGCUGCACUGGCUUCGUGCAAGGCUUUGAAACUGGAUGGCCUUGUAAUUAUUGGAGGUGUAACAUCAAACACUGAUGCUGCUCAGCUUGCUGAAACAUUUGCAGAGGCUAACUGCCCAACUAAGGUUGUUGGGGUUCCUGUUACCUUGAAUGGAGAUCUGAAAAAUCAAUUUGUUGAAACUGAUGUUGGAUUUGACACCAUAUGCAAGGUUAACUCUCAGCUCAUUAGCAACGUCUGCACAGAUGCGUUGUCUGCUGAGAAGUAUUACUAUUUUAUUCGACUCAUGGGCAGAAAGGCAUCACAUGUUGCUUUGGAAUGUGCUCUCCAGUCACAUCCGAACAUGGUGAUUCUUGGGGAGGAGGUUGCUGCAUCAAAACUAACUUUAUUUGAUCUGACAAAGCAAGUUUGUGAUGCAGUCCAAGCCAGGGCGGAGCAAGACAAGUACCAUGGGGUUGUUUUACUUCCAGAAGGGCUUAUUGAAAGCAUUCCUGAAGUUUAUGCUCUCCUUCAGGAAAUUCAUGUUCUUCAUCGAGCAGGUGUAUUGGCCGAUAAAAUUUCUUCCCAGCUUUCUCCCUGGGCAUCUGCCUUGUUUCAAUUUUUGCCACCUUUUAUUAGGAAACAGCUGCUUCUUCAUCCAGAAUCAGAUGAUUCUGCUCAGCUGUCGCAGAUUGAGACAGAAAAACUUCUAGCACAUCUUGUUGAGACAGAAAUGAACAAACGUUUGAAAGAAGGAACAUAUAAGGGAAAGAAAUUUAAUGCCAUCUGUCACUUUUUUGGCUAUCAAGCUCGUGGAUCUCUACCCUCCAAAUUUGAUUGUGACUAUGCAUAUGUUCUUGGACAUAUAUGCUACCAUAUCCUUGCAGCUGGACUUAACGGUUACAUGGCAACUCUAACAAACCUGAAAAAUCCCGUGAAUAAGUGGAAAUGUGGUGCUGCUCCAUUGACAGCUAUGAUGACUGUUAAACGCUAUUCUCGAGGUCCUGGCACAUUGUCUAUUGGGAAGCCUGCUAUUCACCCUGCAACAGUAGAUGUGAAAGGCAAAGCAUACGAGCUUUUGAGACAGAAUGCUGCAAGGUUUUUAAUGGAGGAUAUCUAUAGAAAUCCAGGUCCACUUCAAUUUGAUGGUCCUGGUGCUGAUGCCAAGGCUGUUAGCUUGUGUGUGGAGGACCAGGAUUAUAUGGGUCGCAUCAAGCAGUUGCAAGAAUAUUUAGACAAGGUACGAGCCAUUGUAAAACCAGGAUGUCCACAAAACGUCUUAAAAGCAGCGCUCAGUGCCAUGGCUUCUGUAACAGAUAUUCUGACUCUUAUGUCAUCGAGCUCUAACGGUGUGCAAAAGAUCCUCUAAUUGAUGUGAAAUAUUCCGUUUGGUAUGAUCAUCUAAAGUUAUUGGUGCAACUUCAUUCCAGUUUUCAUAAGUGUCUUAUUAGGAGGUUACUAUGCUAGAAUUUUGAAGCGGAUUAGAAGCACUUAAAAAAAUGUUUUUACAUUUUCGAUAAAUACAGGGGAAAUUAAUGUUUGCCAAGACAUAUUGCAGUUUUGGGUUCAGUAGAAUUUGAUGUUUUUUGAUAAAAAUGGCUGCAGAUUCUUGUUGCUUGUUACUGAGGGUUCGUAAUUAAUAAUCUGAAUUUUGUCGA